CAUAGCUGAAGUAUCUCUUAAAGAGAGGGAGAGGUCUCCAUAUAGAGAGGACUCUGCAAUCAUCUGAUCAGAAGAAAGGGACAGAAGGGCUGCAAACAGCACAGCCGAGCAACCAGCUGAGGAGAAGAAGAGGGGGAGAUAAGGGGCUGCACCCAGAGUAGAGGACUCGGCAGCCAGCAGAGGGGGUGGGAAGGGCUGCACAGAGGAGAUGACUCCCAAGACGGCAGGCAGCUGAGAAGGAGAGGGGGAGGGAAGGGCUGCAGAGGAGAGAAAUUCAACCCCCCCUGGAACAGAAGUGAAUGAAAGUGGGCACUUAUGACAUGGAAGCUAAUGCAGGAGAUGAAGGGAUUCACUUUCAAAGCUACCCAUUCGAUUUCCUAGAAUUUCUCAAUCAUCAGCGCUUUGAACCUAUGGAAUUCUACAACCACCAUGAUCACGGCAAGCCUGCAGCUGUUGUCCCGUGCACUUCACCUUCAUAUGAAUGUAGCCCUCAAAACCACACCAGUAAUAUUCAGGCUACUACAGACAAUGCUUCGAAACCUAAAGAAUUCAAAUUACAAGUUCCAUCUUCCAUCUCUACGCCUAAAAAGUCGGAAUCUGUACAUAUACAAUGCAGCAAUCAUACUUCCGCACCCAGUACUCAGGCUAUCUUUGAUGGAGCAUUGAACACACAACAGUGGGGAAUAGUAGGUCUUUCUAGCCACCAGCUUCUUUUCAAUAACAUAAAGCGUUCCCUUCCAGCGACUCAAGAAGUGCCAGACGAAAAAGACUCUAAAGAUGAUAAAAACUAUUUCCGACGCUUGAAGUAUCUACUCGAUCGCCGCUUUCCUUGUACGGUAUGCCAAAAAUCUUUUAAACAGUCCUCACACCUAAUGCAGCACAUGCUCGUGCAUACCGGAGAGAGACCGUAUGAGUGUAAUGUUUGUGGUCGCUCAUACAAUCAUAUAUCUAGUCUGAUAAGACACAGACGCUGCCAUAAAGAGGGCACAGAAGAUGAAAGUGCCAGCACAGUGUUACCAACGGACGCUGAAACAGCGGCAGCGACGGCGGUAGUGGCUGCGGCAAUGUCAGAGUCGCACAUAAAUUCAGUUGAAAUGCCUGUAGCUCAGGUAGAUGCAAACAUAACAGUACGGCAAGAUGGUCCAUUCACAUGCAACAUGUGUUGGAAAGUAUUCAAAAAGCAAAGUCACCUCCAUCAGCACCAAAUUAUUCAUACCGGUGAGAAGCCUUUUAGUUGUACUGUAUGCGAAAAAAGUUUUAAUCGUCGUGAAAGCUUGAAACGUCAUGUAAAAACACACUCGGAUUCUUUAAAGGUUUAUUGUGAAGUAUGCGGUAAAGCUUUCCGUGACACCACAUAUCUGUUGAAACACCAGGCAACUCAUACAGGUGGAAAGCCAGAGUAUAAUUGUGAUGUAUGUGGGAAGUCAUAUGCCACAACUCAGAGCCUCUUAAGACAUAAGCAGUCACACGAGCAAAAUGUUCCUUUGCUACAGCCUACACUUCCACAAAAUUCACUCAAUGAGACCACCAAAGAACCAAGUGCUUCAGCUUCAUUGGAGACAACAUCGCUACCUUUUUCUGAUGUCAUCUCAACUGACCAAGGGGCCAUGAGCGUUGUUGAAAGAAUCGGGUCAGCGAUGGGACAUUCUUCUUCUGUCAGGAGGCAAUCAUCUCUUUCAACCAAUACAAGCAAAAACUUCUGCUGUAAUAUUUGUGGCCGUGGAUUUGGUAGAAGAGAAACACUAAAACGCCAUGAACGCAUUCACACUGGAGAAAAACCACACCAGUGUCCAGUUUGUGGAAAAAGAUUUCGAGAAUCCUUUCAUCUUACCAAACAUCAUGUCGUUCACACCCGAGAACGUCCUUACAAAUGUGAGUUAUGCGGAAAGGUUUUUGGCUACCCCCAAAGCCUAACAAGGCACAAACAAAUCCAUCGGCUUCAGCUGCCGUGUACCGUACAGGCUGGAGUCCUUACUCCUGAACAUCUCCCUUUUGGGUGCACAGACUGCGGUCAGAAGUUUCCAGACUCUUUUCACCUCAUGAACCACAAAGAACUUCAUAUGAGUGACAAGCCCUAUGUUUGUGACAUUUGCAGAAAAUGCUUUGGCUUCAUUGAAAAUUUAAUGUGGCAUAAACUCGUUCACCAAACAGCUCCAGAAUGUCUGAUUCCGGUAAACCAGUGUCAAGAGACAACAGAAACCAGUCAAAUGAACUGCAUGCAGAAUGGUUUGAUCGGCACAGUGGCGACAACAAAUGGAGUUACGGCAACAGAUGCUGCCACCUUGACAUUUACUUCCGAGGAGCAUCCUAUGAUUCCAAGUGGUGAGAGAUUUUCUUGCACUAUUUGUGGUCAGAGUUUCAAGCACUUUUUGGGUUUGGUCACCCAUAAAUAUGUACACUUGGUUAGACGCACUAUGGCCUGUAAUGUUUGUGGGCAGAGCUUUACAGGAGCAUAUGACCUGCUCCUUCAUCGUCGAAGCCACCUUCAGAAGAGACACUUCUCAUGCUCGAUAUGUGGCAAGCGUUUUUGGGAAGCCGUUCUUCUUAUGCGACACCAGCGUUGUCACACAGAAGAACGCCCUUACCGCUGCACUAUUUGUGGAAGGGGUUUCUUACAUUCUUGGUAUCUUCGUCAACAUAAAGUAGUGCAUACUGGUGAGCGGGCUUACAAGUGCGCUUUGUGCAACAAACGUUUUGCCCAGUCAUCCAGUUUAGCUGAGCAUCAACGAUUGCACACUGUGGCUCGUCCACAACGUUGUCCAACCUGUGGCAAGACUUUUCGCUACCGAUCCAAUCUUAUAGAACACCAGAGAGUGCACCUUGGCGAAAAGGUUUAUCGGUGUGAUCAGUGCGGCAAGAGUUUCUUUUACAUUUCAUCCAUUUUACGGCAUCAGAGAUCUCACGAUGCUAAGGCUGAUCUUCGGUGCUCUUGCUGUUUGAAACUCUUCAAAGAUCCAAAGUAUUUCAACAAACACAUACAGACCCAUCAAGGGGGGCGUCCCUUUAAAUGUGGAGCCUGCGGUGAAGCUUUUAGUAAUACGUAUGGACUAAAGAAACACCGUCAGGAACAUAAAGCAGAAAAGUUUGCUGCUGCUGCAGCUGUAGCUGCACUUGCCGAAGGAGGACAGAACGGUUAAGCAUCGUAAACAUACUGCCUACUCAUGAGGCCGCUCUCACGUUCGUCAGAAGCAGAAUAAUUAUCGCAUUCUGUAGUUAGUUGUGGUUCCAGUUUUCACUGUAGUGAAGUCUAUGCUAUAUGUAAAUGAAGUAUUCAAGGAAUCGAGCACCUUCUGAUGAAACAUUAUAUGUGAAGUCAUUUGAAUCCAGUGAAUUCUGCUGUUUACAGGGGUUUUUUUUUUAGAUGUAUUAAUAUUUUUUCAGUGUUUCCUAGUUUAAUUUAUGAAUAUACAUAUUCAGAUUGAACUUUAUUUCACGCUGGAUUGUAGUGAUAAAUAUAACCAAGGCUCUGUUCACAGUAGUAUCAUGGCUUCCACUUUACCGACCUCCAGACAAACC